AUGCUCGACACGAUCUACAUCUGCCGGCACGGCUUCCGGAUGAGCUGGGUUGGGGCCGAGACGUUUCUGCCGACGGGACGACCGCGCGAUCCCGUGCUGACCGCACACGGCCAAUCGCAAGCGCGACAUCUUGCCGACUACUUCCUCUCGCUUCCCGCGUCGGAGCGACCACAGCUCAUCGUGAGCUCGCCGUACUACCGGUGUCUGCAGACGUCGGUGCCUACGGCGACUGCGCUGGAACUGGAGCUGGUGGCGGAACCUGGACUUGCCGAGUGGUUCCCCACCGUGACACCACGCACGGGGGUGCAUCCAUCGCCAGCUCGCGCGCAGUACAUGCAGGAGUUCAUCCCGCAACUCUCGCUGUCCUGGACACCCAUGCUGUACCCCGACGCGGACGGCGAGUCGAUAUCGCAGCUCCAUGCGCGUGCACGCCGAGUCCUCGAUCUGAUCUCCCAGCGCUGCGAGCAACUCGGUGUCCAGCGUGUGUUGAUCUGCAGCCAUGCUGCAACCAUCAUCGCAAUGGGAAGAGUGCUGCUCAAUGAUGACGCCGACGGCAAAAGGACCGAGUUCAUCGGGGCAGGUACGGCGUCCCUUAGCAAGUACGUGCGCAGCAACUCUGAAGGCAACUGGACGCAGCACUUGAAUGGCGACGCCUCGUUCUUGCCAGGAGGCGUAGAGAGGGAGUGGCACUUUGGCAUGGUGCCGGACAAUGUCAACGAGGACGGAAUGGGGCAAGGCUGGUCCGACCCCGAAGCUCCUGCGACCAAGCCCACCACCAUGCAGACCAAGCUCUAG